GCAGUGUCACAAUAUUUCUGAAUCAUCUUCAGUGCCCCCUCUCACUCACUGCAUCACUCACCAUCGCGAAGAUGCCUCUCCAGCUGCGCCCUGCUGUCCCAGAGGACAUCCCCGAGAUGUGCCAGGUCUACUACUCAGCUUUUGGUGACACCUAUAUCGGAAGCCGUGUCUUCACGUCCGACAUCGAUGCCUCAAAUCGCUUCUUUCAGAAGGCCUUUAUGGAUGAUAUUGCAGACCCUUUGUGUGAAUUGCUCGUUGUUACGCACAAAUCCUCCCCAGGCUCAAAAGACGAAAAGGUAGUCUCGCUAGCAAAAUGGGCCCUCCCGGGUGCCCCAAUCCAAGAUCCUCCACCAGCCGAAGCAUGGCCAGCAAACGGUGAUCUCGCAGUCGAGUUCUUUGGCGCUAUGACGAGAGGCCAUCGCAAGUUGAUAGGCGAUAGACCUCAUUAUUACCUUGAGCUUAUCUGCACGCACGAGAUUUGGCAAGGCAAAGGCGCGGGCACUCUACUUCUCCGCUGGGGCAUCGAGCGUGCAGACACAGAUGGUCUCCCAUGCUUUCUUGAGGCUACACCCAAGGGAAAGCUGGUGUACGAGAAGCUCGGAUUCAGGGUAAAAGCUGAGGAGGAGUUUAAGUGGUCGUUCGGAACGUUUGUGGAGACUUACAUGGAGCGUGAUGCAAAGAUCGAGAAACGGACAAUGACGCGGCCGAAAUCCAAGGAAUUCGCGUAGAUCUUUGUGUCACUGAAUGGAGAUUUGCGCGGGUUACAAACACUGACUGGACUGCUUUUCUGUCUCCCGCGCUGGUGGAUGGGUUCCUUGCAUCUUCAACUCCCAACUGCGAAAUGAUACACAAUGUGCACCUGCGAAUGGAUACAUUAUGCCUGCGGGCACGAAGAAAAAGCCCGAUAUAUCGACUGCACGACGAGAAAAGAAAUCGCCAACAGCUCAGAAUGCUCAUGCGGGAGUGUUGACUUUACCGUUACUCGAUCGCUACGGCCAUGCGGAAAGGCCGGAUGUGCAUAUAAAGAAUGCAUGAUGAGAGGAUGGGUGUGUUGCAGAUGUGGCAAGGGACCUAAUGAGGGUCAUGUUUGCAAGCAGGAUGUCAAGCCAUGGCGCUGGGAUUACUUUGAGUGUGGGCAUGAUUUCUGCAAGGACUGCAGACCAUGGAGGGGAGAACAACAAAAUGGACAUCAUGGGGGUCAUUCGAGAAGAGGAUCGAAGGAGAUGAUUCGAAAGGGGCUGCACGUUAUCACUGGAAGGACAGAGAGAGUUUGACGAUGUCACGACGUCUACGGAGUAUGGCCUGAGGGAAAGCUCUAGAGCAGAAUCUGCAUAUUAAGUUUGCAAAUGAUACCAUCCUAGGAAAGAAAACUCAGGAUCUUAACCCCAAGUAAUAAAAAUAUCUAAGUAAAUUUAAUCUAAAUUUAGGGGAAUUCUUACUUAAAUUUAUUUUAAUACCCU